UUUUUUUCCUACCUAGUUUUUUAUUGGGACACAAUGUUCUCUUAUAUUUGCUGCCUCGAAGACCCAGUGGACCAAUCAGGAGACGUGUUGUUCAGCUUCGUCCAAUAGCAGCUGUUGUUGUUAACACUCAGCGGUGGGAAGGGCAGGUUGUAGCAGCUGUGUGGAGUUUAUUUCUCUGAGCGCAGAUCCACGUUGUGGAUUAAAUAUUUUGAGGAACCGCAGACAGUCCUGACAGUGAGAGUGCAGCUGCGGGAGUGGAUGGGGGGAAACAGCCUGAGUCACUUCUCCCAUGAGGAUGGUGAAGGCGGUGGAGUUACUUUUGUGAAGGGCAUUCGGCUGUCGGACAGAGUCAUCAGCCGGAUGAAACAGUCAUCACAGAAAGUCUGUCCUCCACUCUCACAGAAUGGAGCUCCUCCUUCACGCUUACCUGAAACACAAGCACCCACUCCAGUCCCCGCCCCCUCUGUUGAACACCUGAUACCUCUCCUGAUGCCUCCCCCUGAUCCCUUCACCCCACCUCUACCUCCUCCUCCUCCUCAGGAAGCUCCAUCUACGCCUCCAUCAGUGGAACCUCCUCCUGUAAAACUCGCUGCCCCUCCUCCUGUAAAGUUUCACUCUCUUCCUCCGAGCUCUGUCGAGCCUGAAGCACCUCCUCCACCACCACCACCUCCUCCUGCAGUAGAGCCAGUAGUUCUACCUCCUCCUGAGCCCUUCAACCCACCUCACACGGAGCCAAAAACUCCAUCUACACCACCUGUUGUAGAGCAAGUCGCCAAACCUUUUGUCCUUCCUCCACCUGUGGAGUCAUCCCCAGCAGCUGCAGCUCCAUCUGAACCUUUAGCUUCAUCUCCUCCACCUGUGAAACCAGCACCUCCACCUGCUGAACCUGCUGCUCCAGCUCCAGCUGUUGAACUUAUACCAGUUGAGCCAGUAAUCCCACCCUGUCCUGUUGAUUCAGCUCCAGUUGAAGCUGUAGUUUUACCGCCUCAAGUGGAGCCUGUAGUCCCACCUGCUCCAGCUGAAGAAGUGCCUCCAGCUUGGCUCCAGCUGUUGAUUCAUCACCUCCAUGUGAACUGGUUCCACCUCCACUUCCACCUCCUCCAGAGCCAGUGGCAGCCCCCGCUUCCUGCUCCAGAGCUCACUUUCAAUGAGCCCCACCCACCUUGUCACUGUGUGGAGCUGGCCAUCAUACCCACUGACGCACCUGUGAGUGAACCCCUCGCAGAGCCACUAGUGCCACCUCAACCUGAUCCAGCUCCAUCUGAGCCAGCUCCACCUGAGCCAGCUCCACCUGAGCCAGCUCCAGCUCCUGAGGAGUCCACUCCCACCAUGUCUCUGUCCCCUGUUGUUGAGGAUGAAGUGCCUGCUGUCGCCGCAGUGCCUCCACCUGCAGCAGCUGCACCCGUUUCUCCUGAAGUGGUGGAGGAAGAGCUGAGGCAGAAGAUCAAAGAGGAGAUGCAGAGAAGUCUGGAAGAGGAGAUCAACCAGAAGAGGCAGGAGCUGCAGCGACAGCUGGAGGAGAUGAGGGCUCAGGCUCAGGCAGAGGCCAAGGCAGCAGCUCAGGCUCAGGUGGAGGAGCAGGUGAAGAAGAUGCUGGAGUCUGAGAAGGCGGUGUACUUGGAGAACCUGACAGACUCCAUCAUGAAGGAGCGAAUGAAGACGGAGGAUGAGAAGCUGAUGGUGCAGCUUUAUUGGAUGGAGCUGAAGGCUCAUCAACUGGAGCAGAGAGAGCAAGAGUUAAAGAAACGAGGCACUCUCUACAAGGAACACAUUGCAAAACUUGAAACAAAGUGCACAGAGUUUUACAAAGUGACUGCUGAGAGCUUCCAGAAAGGCAAAGAGGAGACACACAACCGUUUUGCGCGUUUCAAUAUCCAGCCAGUGUGUGGAGACCUGCAGAGUCAGAUUUUAAAAUGCUACAAGGAGAACACAGGAAAGACUCUGUCCUGCUCGAGCAUCGCCUCAGCCUACAUGCAGUGUGUGGACAACGCCAAGAAAAAUAAGUUGAGCACUGGAGGUUAACAUGGAUCACAGGAGACGUGCCGUAUACCCUCAGACUGACAUUUCUGAUGCAGGCCAGUAACCUGGUCUGGUACCAGUGUCACAAACACACACAGUUUAGCUUUAAGUAACACUUCAUGUCUAUGACAUCUCUGGUUCUUGGGAUCACCUUAAAACAAAUUGUGCCAACACCACAGCAACAAAAACAGGAAGAGCUUAAUCCCUUGUUAAUGAGGCAAAACAUCAAAAAGGGAGCAUGAGAUUGAAGUUUGUCACAGAUGGUUUUUGUUUUGACAGAAGUAAGCUAUUUGUGAGAGAUAUAUACAGAAUGAGAGUCUGGUUAAUUAAUAUAUAUGUGUGCCUUGAAGUUAUGAAAGCUAAUCAUGAGGUUGCAGAUGCAUGAAAGAACAGUUUAAUGAGCAGAGUGUGAAGUAACAAAGCCUUGCCCUUGUUAAAGGUUAUUGUACUGUACAUAUAUUAUUUCAGGGAGUUGUCACUUUCAGUGUAUCUUCCUCAACAUCUGAUGUAUGCAAAAAAAAAAAAAAAAUCAGUGGGUGUCAAUAAAUAGUUUUGUUCAAUCACA